AUGGCUGCCGACGGACCACGUCUUCGCAAGGGCUUCAUCACCUUCGGCGUGGCCGUUCUUAUAGCCGCUGCUUCCAUUUCAGGAGUUUCUUCUAAUCCUGAGGAGCACAGCUUAGCGCAUCGUCGAAGGCGUGGCCUUCAGGAUGCAUUCAGCGACAUUCAGGCAAUCGUAGCUGAUGACAACACCAUCUACUCGGAUAGCGCUUAUGUUCAGCGCAUUGCGGGGGCGGAAGCUACACGUUUCCCCUUCUGCAAGUGCAAGACAUACGCUUGUGAGUGCUCGCCGUACACCGUAUCCUUGUCCAGCGUUACCAAGGUUACGAAUCCGGCGGCAACCAAGUACUGCUUCAAAGCAAAGUACAACGGAUGCCCCACUCCGGUACAGCCAUGCUGCCAGGCGCUCUCGCUCAAUGUGGAGAAGAUUGCCUUCACAACGACCUCGAAAUGCGCCAAGCGGAAUGUUUCCCGGGUCGACGUGCGGGGCCGCAUGUGGAGCAGCUGGGAGACCAAGUCGUGGCCCCAGGUUACGACUGUAACACCCUUUACCGAACCGUGCCAGUGGUGCGCUACGAUCAGGGGAACGGAUGUUUCGUCCCCUGUCGCGUUCAGCAAGUCGGUUUGCGAAUAUGUUACGAGCCGUAUGCGGGCGAACAUCACAGCGGGCUUUGCAGCUGUCGGCGCGACUGUAACAUUCAACGGCACGACUUGUGACAACACCCAAACGAGCUUCUCCGUUUGCGGUUCUUCGAGCCCCAAGGAAGCGGUCAUGAGCCAGGUGCUCGCGGACAGUUUCAUCUAUGAGUGGUUGUUGAAUAUCGCUCAGCAGCCGUCCGGAGUUUGCCCUCCUGGCACGCUUCAAACGAGUGUUACGGCGACCGUAACUGCUUCGUUCGGGACCUGCUUCGCGGAAUCUUGCCCAGUCUGCGCGCGCGUUACCAUCUACCCGCCACCUGAGGCCACCGUUGGUCCGCUCAAUUUCGGCACUAACAUCAGCUGCUCGGUCGCUGCAGCACAGAUGAUCAACGUCCUCGAUUCGGAAGCUGUCGUUGCGAACGCCCUGCUGAAAGACUUCCAGUUGACAGCCUGCGGAAAAUUGUACGUCGAGGUCUGCGGCAACGUCAGCAACGCCGGAAGCUUGAACAACACCGUCAGGGAGUUGGCGUUGAAGCUGGUCAACGUGGUCAUCUUCAACAGGUCCGCCGUCGCUUACAACUGCCCCGCCGGCCAGUACAGGAACUACAACUUCUCUGCAACAAUCGCUCCGGUGAACGCCUCGGCUGAGACCGAUCCAAAGUGCAUCUCUGGAUUCACCCAGAUGCAGUGCAGCGAUCGUCUGCAGCCGAAUGCCCCCGCGCCGCGUACACCUCCACGGCCGCCAAGCAAGCCGCUUGUCCCGCCAUCGCCACCUCAGCCGCCUCGCCCGCCGCCAGCUCCACAGGGUGUCAUGACACACAAGUGCGACAACGGAUCGACCAACGUGCCGUACAAGUUGAACAAUAUCGAGAUUUCCAAGGGCAAGGACGUGUUCGGCAACCCGACCAUCGCCAUGUGCACGCGGAUUUCCAGCCAGGCUUGCGUCAACUCGACCAACUCUUGCUGCGGCAUGUCGCUUGCGAAGGUUGAGCUGCUGGUCAACACGGCGUGCAAGGACAAUGUCCGCAAGAUCACGAUCAACGGCAAGGACCUGCCACCCAGCUGGGCCUUCUACAACAUUUUCAACGGCCUCAAAUUCACAGACCUCGACACGCUCAUUCCGAGAGCCUCUGGAGCGACGCUGUGCUGGCACGUCAAGCAGACCACCACCUGCAACACGCCGUCCAGCUUCUGCUACUUGGGCCGUUGCCAGGUGAACCAGUUCUCGCCGAACAACAAGUGCUGCCCGAUCAACUUCAUCUAACUGGCAGCAGCUGGUAGCUUGGAGUUGAUGAGAUAUGAGUUUGGUUUUGUAGAUUUGACGCAGGCGGUUUCCAACCAUUAGGGAUUGUGUGAGUAAUAGCUCAGCAGGAUGCAGCAGCGCGCGCUCGAAAUUGAAUCUGUCUCGGUAUAGCGAUUGCCUAUAAUUGAUAUGGGCUGGUCUUCUGGGUAUAUGGACCGGUUGACACCGUGCUGAAUGAAUGUGUAUAGCAGGACACGACAUUGUUUCACCAGCUGUGUUUGUAUAUGCGUGCUGCCAUUGAGAUGUUGGUCUGUAUGUAUGUGGGUGCGUUUGUGUUCCUAGUGUAUACCUGUUCAAGAGGACUGUGUGUAAGUAUGUGUCUGUCUGUAUGUGUGCGCGUUGUCAAGAAUAUUUUGAUGAUAUCGGGACCCCUCAUACGAUUUUCCUUCCCGGCAUCCUAGAAGUGUUUAUUUGCAUAUUUCGCUGAGCUAGUAUACUGGAACAUUAUUGGAACAUGGUGAUCAUGUCGUACACUGCGUCGCCCGCAUGCAAAACCUGUUAAUGUAACAAGAAUACAACAUG